GCACACACACACACACGCACCCACACACACCACGUCAAGUGAACACCCCGAAGAGGAGGAACCAAACUUUGCUCAUUUACUUAACAGUUCUCCACCGCCGCCGAAGCGAAAACGUUCCUGGAAGUGGAAGGUACAAACGUUACCGAUACGGUUUUAUGCGUGAAUGCUGUCAAUUCGGCUUUAUGGACAGACUGAUCUAGUGGUGGGCGGAAAGGGAUCGAACACAAAUCUACCAAUUCAUCUUCAGAAGAGGAUAUGUGUCCAUAGCGAGAGGGCAAACUCCUCUUGAUUGUGCCGGACAAUCGAUUAUACAGAUUUGUGAACAUUCUGAAUUUAGACAACAGUCACCACGCUGACAUGGAGAGACUGUUCUGAAUCACCGAACUUCCCAGUUUUCAACUUAAAGGAUGAAUAGCUGACAGGGAGCGAGGAUCUCCACUGACUGGGCUGUGACAGGAGAGCGCUUCACCGUCAGGGCCCCUGACGAUCCAUUUUAGACACUUUCUUCUUCGACAGACCCAUCUGCACCUGCUGACGGUCCCCUUUCCUCCUCUUGUGUCAGCUCACCCGAGAGCAGUGAUGGCGGCAUAUGGACAGACCCAGUACAGCCCCGCCCUCCAGCCUGCCGGACCCUACGCACCCUACACGCACCACACGCAGGGCUACAGCAUGCCCUCCUACAACAUUAAAACCGAGGAUGGUCUCAGCCACUCCCCAGGACAGAACAGCCUCCUGGGCUACUCAAACUUCAGCAGCACUCCACCGAGCCAAGCACUCUACAGCUACUCCACACACGGUGGCAGUAUUUCAUCUGGAAUUUUCCAAGGAUCAAAUGCGAUCACCAGUUCAACUCCAUUUAACCCCACGCAACAGGAUUUCUCUGCCUACUCCAGCUACAGCCAGAGCCAGUACUCUCCUUACUACAACUCCCACUACAACAGCCCGUACCUUGCAGGCAGCAACAUCAACCCAGCCGCCAUCACCUCCCCCUUAGCCUAUCAGCACCCGGAACACCCCGUAGUGCUGCCCAAUCACAGCCCACAGUCACAUUCAGGAGAAUACCAACUGCCCCCCAGCCCCCCCACGCCAGGGAAGGAGGAGGGGGUCCCGGCUCGACGAAGCUCAGAUGGAAAGCUGAGAGGCAGGAAGAGAGUCAGCGACCCCACCCCCCCCCUGGACUCUGAUAUAGAGCGCGUGUUCGUGUGGGACCUGGAUGAGACCAUCAUCAUCUUCCACUCUCUCCUCACAGGGAGCUUCUCCACGCGCUUUGGCAAGGACUCUUCCAAAGCCGUGUCUCUGGGGCUGUGGAUGGAGGAGAUGAUUUUCAACCUGGCCGAUUCCCGUCUCUUCUUCAACGACUUGGAGGAAUGUGACCAGGUUCAUAUUGAUGACGUGGCAUCCGACGACAAUGGCCAGGACCUGAGCACGUAUAACUUUGGCUCGGACGGCUUCCAGAGCGCCACGGGGGCCGGGACCCUGUGUCUGGGCUCAGGGGUCCACGGGGGAGUGGACUGGAUGAGGAAGCUGGCGUUCCGCUACCGUAGGGUAAAGGAGAUCUACAACACCUACAAGAACAACGUGGGAGGUCUGCUGGGCAGUCCUAAGAGAGAGGAGUGGCUGCAGCUGCGGAGGGAGAUGGAGGUUCUGACGGACGUGUGGCUGACACAGGCCCUCAAGGCCCUGGCCCUCAUCAACUCCAGGCCCAACUGUGUGAACGUGCUGGUGACCACCACCCAGCUGAUCCCGGCCCUGUCCAAAGUGCUGCUCUACGGCCUGGGCUCAGCCUUCCCCAUCGAGAACAUCUACAGCGCCACCAAGACAGGGAAGGAGAGCUGCUUCGAGCGCGUGGCCCAGCGGUUCGGUCGCCGUGCGGUGUAUGUUGUAAUAGGAGACGGCGUGGAGGAGGAGACGGUAGCAAAGAAGAAGAACAUGCCAUUCUGGAGAGUGUCGUGUCGCGCUGAUCUGGAGGCUCUGAGCCAUGCACUGGAGCUGGACUACCUCUAGGGGGCGCCAGCCGUCCCAGCCUGCCCUCCACCACUUCCUAGACACAUCCCACGGACCAAUGAGUGCGCAGGCAGCGGACAUACACCCACAACUUCAAACCAAGACUAUAUGGGACCAAUUUUUGCAUCAGCAGGGAGUUGCAUCUAGUUACUGGAAAUAAUACUCUCUUUUUUUUUCAAUCCAUUUCCGCCUCUCUUUUCAUUGAAGGGGUCCCACUUUUGUAUUGUAGAGUGUUGCACUGAAAUACAAUGACCCAUUGCGCAGAAAGACAUUAAAUAGGGAUUCAAUGUUUUAGUAUGUCUAUCUAUUUGUUAGUUGUAUGUUUUCUUUAUAUGGAAUAAUAAGGAAUAGGUUAAUACAAACUUUUAAAGAGUCCUAACAAAAGUUUUAUAGGUGAGAAUUAUUGCCAGCAAGUUAUUUGAGAGGAGACAAUUCUACUAUCACUAUUAAUUCAUUUUUAAUCUUCAACAAUUUUGUAUAAUAUUUCCCCCAAAAGUUACUGUGUUUUAGUCAGUAUUUAAGGAGAUUGUUAAGAAUAGUCUUAAUAGAAUUAGAUUGACCUACGAAAUGUGACCUAUUUAUUUGAUCUGCAUGAACACACAAACAUCCAGAAAAAUGAUUUGGGCAAUGGGUUAGCAGAAUGUAACUCAGCUAUCUAGAAAAUAUUCAUUCUUUUUCAAACCGACUUUAUUCCUCCAGAGUUCUUAAAUUUGUUUUUGUUUUUUUAUAAAAAAGAAGCUAUAGGCUAGUGCUUGAAUAGAAACCAGCUGUCUUCAAAUGAUGCUGGAAUGUACAUUUGUUGUCUUGUUUUAUUGUUUCUCUCUCUCUGAUGGUUUGUAUUCUUGUAUGCCAUGAAUCUGAUGAACUGGUGUGGUGGUCUCUGGACGUGCAUGUGCUCAUUACACAGCCUGUCAGCUUAGCUACGAUUUGUAUAUAAUGUUUUAUUGUUGACUUGUUUUCGACAGACAGUUAUAAUAGAUUAAUAAAGAUAAAUUAAUUGUGUUCUGAGAA